ACCUGGAAGACUCCAAAGUGUAAAGUGAAGAAAAAGGCAACCAAACGCUGGUGCGCAAGUCAUUUUGAAUCCUGCCUGAAUUCUCCACGUAGCUAAAACUUCUCAAGAUGGAUAUAGGACUCUUUGCUGCAAAGUUUAGUUAACUGCACUUGAUUCCAUUUAAGGUCACACAAUCUAAUACUAAAAAGCGGAUCCCUCUCCUAACUCCACACAUCCAUCCCACCUCGCAUAUUUUGGGGCGUGCAACUCUGGACUGAUACAAAAAGAAAAUGAGACUUGCAUCCUCAAACGGGCUAAGCAUGGUUUCCCUGCUGCUGCCGCUGCUACUCCUGCUGCUAUCACUCAUUCCAAGGGCCGUUUCCAUGGCGAUGCAUCCCAACACCACCGGCUGGCAGCAGAUUCUGGACAAAUAUCUGGACGAGGAAGGAGACUUGUGGGAAGCCAAGAAGAGGGGGAGGCGGGCCAUCACUGACAGCGACGCCCAGCUUAUACUGGACCUGCACAACAAGCUCCGAGGUCAGGUGUACCCUCAAGCCUCGAACAUGGAAUACAUGGAAUGGGACACGGAGUUGGAGCGCACGGCAGAGGAGUGGGCCGAGACCUGCCUGUGGGAACAUGGUCCUGCUGGCUUAUUGCCACAGAUUGGCCAGAAUCUGGGAGCUCACUGGGGGAGGUAUCGUCCCCCAACCUCCCAUGUUCAAGCUUGGUAUGAUGAAGUGAAAGACUACUCUUUCCCUUAUCCCCAGGAGUGUAACCCCUACUGCCCAUUCCGAUGCUCCGGCCCUGUUUGCACGCAUUACACCCAGCUGGUGUGGGCCACCAGCAGCCGGAUUGGCUGUGCUGUCAACUUGUGCUACAACAUGAAUGUGUGGGGACAGAAUUGGGCCAAGGCUGUGUAUCUUGUGUGCAACUAUUCACCAAAGGGGAACUGGUGGGGACAUGCACCAUACAAACAUGGAGCCCCUUGUUCCGCAUGUCCUCCCAGCUAUGGAGGUGGCUGCAAAGACAAUCUCUGUUAUAAAGGCCACAACACUCCAGAGGAAACGGAAGAAAACAACUUUAUCGAACCAGAGCCCCCCCGUACUACGCAGAGGGUCCGGCCACGGAUUUCAAAGCCUGAGACUCCAAGUCUUCCUGCGACCAAACCCCACAUGGAAGACCUGCCAAAGAACGAAGUGGUCAACGAACAACAGAUGUCCCAGCUUAUGACCUGUGACACCAAGCUUCGAGAUCAGUGUAAAGGAACGACAUGCAAUAGAUAUGAAUGCCCUGCAGGAUGCUUAGAUGCUACAGGGAAAGUAGUUGGGACAGUUUACUAUGAAAUGCAAUCCAGCGUGUGUCGGGCUGGUUUACAUGCUGGUGUCAUAGAUAAUGAUGGAGGAUGGAUGGAUGUAACGAGAGAGGGAAGAAAGGACUUCUUCAUCAAGUCUAACAAGAAUGGGGUCCAGUCACUGGGGAAAUACCAGAGUGCUAAUUCAUUUACUGUUUCCAGAGUGGCAGUCAAAGCGAUCACCUGUGAGACCACUGUCGCACAACUGUGUCCUUACCAAAGACCUGCAAAGCAUUGCCCAAGGUUAUACUGCCCAAGGAAUUGUAUAGAAGAGAAACCAAACAUAUCCAGAGUCAUCGGUACCAGAAUAUACUCCGAUAAAUCCAGCAUUUGCCGUGCAGCAGUCCACGCUGGGGUUGUCAGGAACAACGCGGGAGGUUACAUCGACGUGAUGCCGGUUGACAAACGGAAACUCUACAUUGCAUCGGAUCAAAAUGGCGUUGUCUCAGAAAGUCUACAGAAUCCUCCUGGCGGGAAGGCGUUUCGGGUGUUCGCCGUGAUUUGAGUGACUCCACUUGCACACGCCAAUGAGGGAAAAAUGGCCAAACAAUGAGCACACUCUAGUUUGUGAAGUUGAGCAAAUCAAAGCCUGUUAUCAAAGUCAGCGUGUGAAACAUUUCUUGCUUUUGCUACAAAUGUGGGGGUUAGAGGUUGUCUCCAUGACAGCGUAAACAAAAACUUGACACAUACACGAGAAGAGGUUGUGUGUGUGUGCACACCCAGCCCAGAAUUUGGUCAGCUUUUGUAGGCAUUUUUUCCAUAAAAGACACAUCGAAGUAUUCUUAGUUUGGACUUGUUUUGUACGUAACCUAACAUUUGCCAUUUCGCUGUAUCUUUCGAACAAAUAUCUCUAGACUUUUUUUUUUUUUUUUUAUUGAAUAAAAAUUCAAACGGCACUUAUAUUUUUGCCUAACCAGCACAUUUUUAUUGGUGCUUACAUAAUGAGUUGUUGUGGCAUAUUUUGGUCUGUUUUUGUCUGUUUUUUUAUGUACGGGGCGGAAAUGUUUAUUUUUAUAUGAAGAUGGUAUUGUUGUAUCAGUAUGGUGGAUAAAUAAUGCUGCUAUAUUGUUGUAUUUCAGAAUUUUUUCCUGCUGGCAGGACGAUAUUCAAUUUUUAGAUUUUUUGUAUUUCAUUAAAAACUAUACAUGUUUGUUUUUGUUUUUUUAUAUUUUGAACUUCACCCAUCCAAAAAGUUGUUUGGCUGUCAUAUCUGUAUUACUGAUUAUUUAACAGCGUUAUAUUGUGUAUUACUCAGAAAUACUGUCUUCAUUGCAGUUUAUUUUACUUGUCUCUUUUAUAUACAGUAUAUUU